CUCAUAUGCAUGCUAGGUGUGUGUGACCUAAUUAAGUCAUGGAUUCGGAAGAGAGAAUGAAUGCGAGGAAUUCUAAAGUGAAGAUGUUUGUAGCUGGAGUCUCUCUUAGCGUGCUCUCACCUGUGAUUAUUGGGUGCUUGCUUAGAUGAGGCAUUGUUUAGUGUGUACAAGUCCUUGGCAUAUCAAUAGGGUUCUUGGGCCACUCUCACAGUUUAUUGGAGCAUGGUUUACUUGAGGUAAGGUAUAGUUGUGGUUGGUUAGUGAUGACUGCAAAUGAGCAAAGUAAUAGGGGUAAAACUGGUGACUGUUAGUAGACAUGUUAUGAUAAAGCAUUCCUUUCAUGUUUGGUUAUGAAAUUUAUACAGGUGGUGGGUGAUGUGUGAUGAUCAUUGAUGCAUCUCGAUCUACAAGGGUAUAUCAUUGGUCAUUGCAACCUAUCGUCUGCAGGAACAGAAUUUUUAAUCCAUUUCGACUUUAUAUUUAUGUGCUACUACUCAGCUGCACUUUUUGUAUGGUACCUUAUCUUUUUAUGGAAGAUUUUAUUUAUGUCAUUUGGGAUUUGAUUCUACAAAUUUAUAGAAUCGAACCUCGUUUUUGCUUCUCUGAGAACUAAGUUGUAAAUGGAAGUUGUUACUUGUCACUUAAAAUUAUUGUAAGAUGAAGGCCAAAACAUUUCAUUUCACGGAUAAUUUUAUCAGGAGUGUUUCUGUAUGUGUAGAUUUUUUCAAACUAGCAAUCUACCAAUAAUUAACACAAAAUAUGAAAAGUGUGAUUGUAAUCUACCCUUUCAUACAUGUAUACAUGUGCCUCUACAUUAUUUAUUUAUUUUUUAUUAGGGAAGUAUUCAAACGCCUCCAACCUCUCCCAUCGGAUUUUGUGCACUUUCGGUGCCCAUCGGAUAAGUUAUAGUAGUAUAAGUUAUAAUUGUUGGGUUAGAGGGAUUCGGCCCUCUAUAAUUUCUACCGGGGAGGGAUGCAUGCUAAGAUUUAGCAAAGGAAGGAAAAAAUUAAAAAAAAAAAUGUGGAUGAAGUGCCAGCCAGACUCAAAGCUCUCUACGGUUUCUGUAGGGGAGAGAUGCAUGCUAAGAUUUAACAAAAAGGAAGGGAAAAGAAAGCGGAUGUGAACUGUGAAGUGCAGGCUUGUGCUAAGUUUUGGUUUGGUGAGGUAAAAAUUGACACGCAAGUGUGAUGCAUGUUAGGUGUGGUAGUGUUUUCCUCUAAAGCCCACACUAACUUCCAAUUAUCUAACUCCCUCCUAAGCAUUAAAAAAAAAAAAAAAAAAAAAAAAAAAGGAAGUUACUCUGAAUGAACCAUGCCAUCUUUCAGGUUGGAAGGUUUUGUGCCUCGAAUUUUAUGUCCGAAAAAGGGUUACUUUGUGACACAGGAAAGAUGACUAUUUUUUUUUUUUUUUCUCAAAGAUAUUUUUUAGAAGAUAAGAGGCUGAUACCGCUAGAUCACUAACCCGAAAAAUCAAAGGAUGGUUAUUAACCAUUACAUGUGUCAAUAGGUCACCUAAAAACCCUAUCAUCAACUUACUAAUCUCCUAAUUUUGAAAAUAAAAAUAAAAAAUAAAAAAAUCUCCUAACUAACCUAAUUUUCUUCCUCCAAAAUUCCCUCAACCGUAACUACCCCUAAAAUCUCUCAAUGAUUUUAAUCCUCUGUAGCUUCCCUAAAAAUCUCCCAAACAAUUCAACGUCUACCCUACAAUUUCAAAUCAAGAAAAAAAACUUAUUAUAUUGAAAUGAUUCGACUCUCCUAAACCCUAAAGUUGAAUUUCUUUGAAGUCUUCUCCUUCUAGGACCUCGUGUAGGCGGGAUCAAUCCUGGUAAUGCUUCCUUUCUUUUAUCAUCAUUAAAAUCAUAUUCAAUAUAUAUAUAUAUAUAUAUAUAUAUAUAUAUAUAUAUUUAUGAAUAUAUUUAAAUUUAAAUUAUGCAUCAUACGUAACUUUUCAGCUUAUCACUUCACAAAUCUUUUCAGUUUUAUUUUACGUAUCUUUUCAGUUUAUCACUUGAUCCUUCAAUUGCAUUUUAAGGGUUGAUUACUCUAUUUUUUUAUGCAGCAAGGAGAGGGCUUCAUCAAAGUUCAAAUCACUCAUUUUCGGAGGAGGAGGUGAUGGAUACAGGCGGCAGCCGUGGAAGCAAUAAUAAUGUAGAAGGGAAAUUGUUAGAAGCAGGCUGCGGCCACCACCACAACCACCACCAUCACCACCACCACCACCACCUCCCACAAUUUCCUAAGGUUGCACUGUUAUUCACGAUGGUAUCUGUUUCAUGUCUCAUUCUUUACAGUUCGUCCGAUCCUUUCCAGUUCUUGCCCAUCUCCAUUCAAAAGCCAUUGUUCUUAAAAUCAGUACCGCUAGAGGAGGUUCUGCAAAAUGCAGCCAUGCCGAACAGAACAGUGAUUCUAACUACUCUAAAUGAAGCAUGGGCAGCGCCUAAUUCAACAUUCGAUCUCUUCUUGGAGAGCUUCAGAAUCGGGAACCAAACUCGAUGGCUUUUGAAUCAUUUGGUGGUUGUAGCGUUGGACCAACAGGCAUACUCUCGUUGCUUAGCUUUGCACCCUCAUUGUUAUGCUCUCACCACCAAAAACGUCGACUUUUCAGCCGGUGAGGCGUUUUUCAUGAGCCCUGACUACUUGAAGAUGAUGUGGAGAAGGAUCAAGUUCUUGCACUCAGUUCUUCAAAUGGGUUAUGACUUCGUUUUCACGGAUGCUGAUAUAAUGUGGUUUCGAAAUCCAUUUCCCCGAUUUUAUCCAGACGGGGAUUUCCAGAUCGCGUGUGACCAAUUUCGGGGCAACUCAUUCGAUUUGAACAAUAACCCAAAUGGAGGUUUCAACUAUGUAAAAUCAAACAACAGAACGAUCCGUUUUUAUAAGUUUUGGUACGAAUCGAAAUGGAAUUACCCGGGAAUGCAUGACCAGGAUGUGCUCAACAGGAUAAAGUUUCAUCCUUUCUUCCAAAGGAUUGGAAUACAAAUAAGGUUUCUGAAUACAGCUCAGUUUAGUGGAUUUUGUGAGCCCAGCAAAGAUUUUAAUGUAGUGUGUACAAUGCACGCAAAUUGCUGUUUUGGUUUAGAAAGCAAACUUCAUGACCUCGCUCUUGCACUUGAAGACUGGAAAAAAUAUAUGUCAUUGUCAACAAAUAAAAACGCAUCACAGCCAAUGUCAUGGAGGGUUCCACAAAAUUGCAGUGUUGCAUGGCCUCCGAAACAAAUCAAGAAGACAGCUCCUAAAGGAAGUUAGAGAACAGUUUACGUUUGGAAGUAGGAAGGUGAAAUGCUUGAAGGUCCUUAGAUGAAGCUCCACCAAUUUUCAGCAGGUUCUUCCAUCAGAUUAUGAAGCUCUUGAAUUAAGUAGCUCUUUUUUGUAUAUUUUUUUUUUCUAUGAAAAAAAGAAAAAGAAAAGGGGAGUCAAUGUAAUGGAAUAUGUGAUUUUUGCGUCUUUCAAUCAAAUACUCCAUAUAUAGGAAAUGUUAUAGAGCAACUAUAUAUUUCAUACCAACUUAAGUUUUUGUGUGUGUGUAUAUUUUUUUUUUUUGCUUUUUUUGAAAAUUUCUCUUCUUUCCCACAUCAUUAACUAGUAAAAAUAAAUGGACAACAUAAAAUAAAUGAGUUGCCAGAACCCCUAACUAGUAUUUUUUUGUUUUUGGUAAGUAGAACCCCCAA